AUGGUGACAUGCCUUUGUUUUGAAAUCGGUCGAAAAACGAAACUGAAAGACAAUUCUGAUAAGAAAUCCAAACGUGACAAGUCGCCAUCAUCAACACCGUCUCCUGCCAGACCAGAACGAGUUUCAGAAACAGUGCUAGAUGUUGAAAACAGAUGUCGGAUUUUCUCACACCAAGAACUCGCCACCGCGACAAAUAACUUUAGCGAUGAAUCUUUGAUCGGAAGAGGUGGAUUCGGAACUGUGUAUAAAGGAAGGCUAGACACUGGAGAGGAAAUAGCUGUUAAAAUGCAUGACAAUAAUGGUGGUGGUCAAGGAGACAAAGAGUAUCUAGUGGAAGUCCUAAUGCUCUCGAUCCAUCACCACGAUAACCUAAAGAUCAUAUCCACGGUAAAAAAAAAAAAAACUACACCUGAAACAAGAAAGUCAAUAGGGAAGAGAUUUAUUAAAGUCUUUAAAACCUGUUCUUGUUUGUGUGUUUUGUCAGAUCUCAAAGAUGAUCAAGAGCCUUUAGAUUGGAACACAAGGAUGAAGAUAGCUGCAGGAGCCGCUAAAGGGUUAGAGUAUCUUCACAGAAAAGCAAAUCCUUCCGUGAUAUACAGAGAUUUGAAACCUUCAAACAUAUUGUUAGACCAUGAGUAUAAACCGAAGCUCUCUGAUUUUGGACUUGCUAAGUUUGGUCCGAGUGAAGGUAGGUCUCAUGUCUCUACUAGAGUUAUGGGAACUCAUGGGUAUUGCGCACCAGAGUAUGCUAGCACCGGGAAGUUGACGCAGAAAUCUGAUAUCUAUAGCUUUGGAGUCGUUUUGUUGGAGCUUAUCUCUGGACGCAAAGCUCUUAUGCCCUCAUGCGAUUGCGUGGAUUCUCAAAGUCGCUAUCUUGUGCAUUGGGCACAAACGUUGUUCUCGGGUGGCCAUAUUGAGCAGAUUGUAGAUCCAAAGUUAUCAAGAAAAGGUGGUUUCUCGAAAAAAGCUUUGAAAAGAACUCUUCAAGUGGCCAUGAUGUGUCUAUUUGAAGACCCAAACGCUAGACCAUUGAUCACCGAGGUGGUGAGUACUCUAGAUUACAUUGUUGAGUACCAAUCGAUGAGAAGGACGACUAGGCGUGGACAAAGAGGAGAUACGGAGAGGGCGGGGACAUCGAGUUCACAGGAUGAGAUGACGAGGAUGUUGAAUGUUCUUGCAGGAAAAAGUGACCCUCUUGAGAGAAGGAGAGUCGUGGAUGAUGCUAAGUCUUGGGCUGAUGACUGGAGGAAGAAGGGCUCUCAGUCAACAGCGGCGAGUCCUUCACAGUGUUGAAAGAUGAAGAAAUCUGUUAUUUGCUUAGUAUUUUUCUCUUCUUUAAUGACUUUGAAGUUGCUUAAGGUUGAC